CUCUGGCGGCGCGGCUAUUGAAGGGCCGCUGUAUGCCGGGGACCGGGAGAACUGCCGCGGCAGCCGAAGACUCGGCUGCUGCUGCUGCCUCCACCUCUGCCAUGGACCCGGUCCGGCUGUUCCGCGACACGGUGUGAGGGUGUGCGGUUAAAAAUGGUGCAGAAGUACCAGUCCCCUGUUCGAGUCUACAAAUAUCCCUUUGAGCUUGUCAUGGCGGCCUACGAGAAGCGCUUUCCCACGUGCCCAGAGAUCCCUGUCUUCCUGGGCAGUGAGAUCCUUCAGGAAUCCAAGAGUGAUGAUGGAGCUGUUCAUAUUGUUGAACGGAGCUGCAAGCUGAAUGUGGAUGCUCCACGGCUGCUGAAGAAGAUUGCCGGGGUAGAGUACGUCUUUUUCAUACAGAAGAACACCGUGAACUGGAAGGAGCGAACGCUCCUCAUUGAGGCUCACAACGAGACCUUUGCCAAUCGUGUUGUCGUCCUUGAGACCUGUAGCUACUCGGUUCACCCUGAGAAUGAAGAGUGGACAUGCUUUGAACAGUCUGCGUCUCUUGACAUCAAGUCGUUCUUUGGCUUUGAAAACACAGUGGAGAAAAUUGCCAUGAAGCAGUACACUGCCAACAUCAAGCGGGGCAAGGAGGUGAUCGAGCAUUACCUGAAGGAGCUGAUCUCCCAGGGCAUCACCUUCAUCCCCCGAUGGACACCUCCACCAGUGAGCAGACAGAAGGAAAAGAGGGCCCUGGCUGUGGGACACAACCCUGGUAUUGUUCCAGCAGAGUCCUGCAUGCUUGGAACUACCAAAGAGCAGCCAGGCAGCUCCUGCCCUGCUGCAGAGACGGCUAGCCCUGAUGCUGACAAACUGGACGCUGAUUACAUUGAACGGUACCUGGGGCAGCUGACUCCUAUGCAGGAAAGCUGCCUGAUUCGACUCCGUCAGUGGCUGCAGGAAAUGCACAAAGGCAAGUCAGAGGCUGGGGAAUGGAAGCCGGAAAAGAUCCCCAAAGAUGAGCAUAUCCUUCGAUUCCUGAGGGCUCGCGAUUUCAACAUUGACAAGGCUCGCGAGAUGCUCUGCCAGUCGCUGACCUGGCGCAAGCAGUACCAGGUGGAUUACAUCUUGCAGACCUGGAGACCCCCAUCCCUGCUGGAGGAGUACUACACCGGAGGGUGGCAUUACCAGGACAAAGAUGGCCGCCCCCUCUACAUCCUCUGCCUCGGUCAGAUGGACACAAAAGGUUUGGUGAAGGCCCUGGGAGAAGAGUCGCUCCUGCGACAUGUUUUGUCCAUUAACGAGCAGGGACAAAAGAGGUGUGAGGAAAACACCAAUCUGUUUGGCCGUCCCAUCACAUCCUGGACGUGUCUGGUAGAUUUGGAAGGGCUGAACAUGCGUCACCUGUGGCGGCCUGGAGUUAAGGCACUCCUUCGGAUAAUUGAGGUUGUAGAGGACAAUUACCCCGAGACACUGGGGAGGUUACUGAUCGUGCGAGCACCACGGGUUUUCCCUGUGCUGUGGACUCUGGUUAGUCCCUUCAUCAAUGAAAACACCAGGCAGAAGUUCCUCAUCUACAGUGGCAAUAACUACCAGGGUCCUGGAGGGCUUGUAGACUAUCUGGACAAAGAUGUGAUUCCAGAUUUCCUUGGAGGAGAAUGUAUGUGCAAUAUCCCUGAGGGUGGACUCGUCCCCAAGUCACUUUAUCAAACAGAUGAAGAUCCGGAGAACUCUGAUCACAUCCGACUAUGGACAGAAACCAUCUACCACUCUGCAAAUAUUCUGAAAGGGGCUCCCCAUGAGAUCGUUGUGGAAAUCCUGGAGGGUGAGUCUGUGAUCACGUGGGACUUUGACAUCCUGAAGGGAGACGUGGUGUUCUGCCUCUUUCACUCCAAGCGAGCACCCAAGACCAGUCGCAAAGAGGCCACUUCAUCAAGUGCUUCAACUGCUGGGGACAACGUGCAGCUAAUCGAUAAGAGCUGGGUUCUGGGGGUGGAUUAUAGCCGCAUGGAGUCUCCGCUGGUGUGCCGAGAAGGAGAGAGCAUCCAGGGAUCUCAUGUGACUCGUUGGCCUGGCUUUUAUGUUCUGCAGUGGAAAAUGCACAGCUCUUUGCCCUGCUCUGGCACCAGUCUCCAUCGAGUAGAUGAUGUCCUGGCCUCUUUGCAAGUUUCCAGUCACAAGUGUAAACUCAUGUACUACUUUGAGGUGCUUGCAUCCAAGGAUUUCAGGGGGUCCAUGUCAAGCCUGGAAUCCUGCAACAGUGGCUUUUCCCAGCUCAGUGCAGCCACGACAUCUUCCAGCCAAUCCCAGAGCAGCUCCCUCAUUUCUAGAUAGCGUGGUGUAGGCUUCUAUUGACCUCUGAAAUGUUACAUCCGUGUUUGGAGGCCUCCCUCCAGGGCAGUUCUGGGGACCAACCCAAAGAGGCUGCAGUGUGCCUCAGCGUCAAGGCUUUGGGGGCAGUCAUUCAUAAGACCACGAGUAGCAGCAGUCUGGGGAACUCUUUGGAAUCUAUUUUCAGUAAGAGACAUGUGACUUUUCAAUCUGCAAACUGGAUUCCGUUGAAAGGCCUAUGUACCAGUUGUGUUUUAACAGACCUGUGUUUUAGGGUGAAUAUCACUUUGCAUGAAUCUGUGUAUUACUAAGGUUAAAGGGCUCUUUCCAAUCAGUCCUAUUUCUACAUACAAUAGAGGAGACUGAUGUGGCCUUAUCUGUAAUGACCCAUAGAACUAGAUUUAUUCACAUGUAGCAUAAUUAGUCUAGUUCUUCUGGGCACCUGCAAUACCGAUGACACUCAAGGUGCAGUGGGUGUUUCAGCAGCAGGGACUUGAAGCAAAUUGUAAAUAAAUACCUGAAUACAGGCCAGUACCUUUUGAGGGAGGCGGGCGGGAAAGAGGAGAAACUUCCAAGGUAACCCAAACCUGAAACCUCUUCCAAUCUGAUUGGAUGUUGCUUGGAUAUACUUCCAGUUUUUUUGUUUAAAAAACAGUAUUUUCUACAGUGCGUAGGCAGAACGCCUACCUCCCGCAAGCAAGUCCUUUCUUAAAACACCCACUUGUCUUUAUUUCCUCCUCAGGUUUAUGAGCAAUAAAUGAGUGUCUCUCUGACCCACCCCAUCAGACUUGGUGGGAAUCAAAUCACAUUAUAAAGGGCUAAGAAAAGCAAUAUGUUCUUUCCUUAAAGGCACAAAGUUUUAUGGCAGCAUUAUAGGAGCUGCUCCUUUAAAAACGGGCUAACUUGGAGAGGAGAGAACUCUCUUUUUCUAAAGUACACGUGCAUGUGUAUUUAAACACUUAAUGAAACAUAUUUAUUCAAAUUGUAUCAUAGCUUAUUUUAAAUUGUUUAAUUUAUUUAUAAUUUCAGUGAUAACUAUUUAUUGAACCUGAUCACUGUUUUUAACCAGCUGCACUUUUUUGUUUUAAAAGGGAACGACAGAUCUUGAAUCCCACAAACCUUUAGAUUUCAUUUCUAGUCUCUGUGGCAGCUGGGCAUCUUACCGUUCAGGGCUGUAGCACUCAGGGCAGCGUGUCAUCUCUUCUCCCAAAGCUCAUGGGAGUGGCCCAACUGACUUGAACGUUACUCGCGUGAGUAAGGGUUUGCAAGAGCAGGGACCGAGCUUGUGGAUGUUGUUGGCAGGGAGGGAGGAUUAAAAGCUGUUGAAGAUAUGUUCUUGUACAAUCUCUGCUGAUUACGUCAGUGACAGACGUAUUGCAGAAGGAGUAAGAACCCAUUUAAAAGAGUUUACAUAGCAGAAAAGAGAGAACCUGUAUUCUUUCCUCAAUUGCUAGGAAGUUAGAGAAACAGGUGGUCAAUACCGAGCUGCUUCUGGGCAGUAUUUGUAACUAACAGACAUGCAAGAGGUAUUCCUCAAUAAGCAGUUUAUCUUCUCUGCCCCAUCCAUCCGUAACUGUUUUCACUACCUUCAUUUGCUUGUUUCUAGGCACAGGGCACUGCCGGAACCGGGGGGAACUACUUGAUAACUGGAGCAAUGUAUGUAA